AUGUCUACUGGAUCAGUUAACUUGCAUAAACUCUUUGAUAAUGUGUAUGACGCGGAGCUUGACCAAGAGAAUACGCGAUUACACCACGAGUUAGAACAACGUAUCGCGGAGCAGUUCUCUGAGUUCGAUUUGGAUGAUGAAGUUGAAGAAAUUUACAAAUCGUCUAGCGCUCUACACGAACACGUUGUGCGUUUAAACGUUUCGCCUCCUGAAUUCAAUGGCUCUCUCGACGUCGGACUUUCAGUGUUGGAGAAUGCAAUACAACAUCUCGGUGAAGAAGGUUUAGAGGCAUCUAACGGAUUGGGAUCAAACGAAAAUAACCUUGUCGGUUUUUCUCAGAGCUAUCUUCCGUUUGACCCUGCGAGUACGCAGCGUUUCAGCCUUGAUCCCAGCCGGACUCCGACUGGUUGCAAGGCUACUGAUGUAGCUGACCAUGAGUCCCCUAUCCGUGGAAGUGACAGGCACCAACACCGCUUACCCUGUCGCUCGUCGGAACUCACCAGUGUCGGUGCAGUCAUAAACGGAGACCCUUCUACCGAGGGUCGGUGCAGUCCAUACUACACGGUUCUGCAGUGCGAUCAAAAUUCGGCUGUAUACUCUGCACAAGUUAACGGAGCUCAGUCUACCGUUCUCGUUGUGAGCAACGACAACAACAACCCGGUGCGAUCACCUAUCAUUCAGCCGUACACCGCGAUUGAUAUGGAGUCUUCUGUACGCAAUGAUAGACGCGAUAUCUUGUACGCUGCCCGUGGACGUCAGAUCGAGGCUCUACAGGCUGAUCUUUCUCAACUUCAUUCAGAGGCUGCCAAGGAAAAACGAGUAGCCGCUCAUCGAUUGAUGCUUGCCGAAGGUGAAAAGCAGAUCCUAGUUGAAAAGCUUGCCUCUGCUGAUGGUAUGAUACAGACACUUCGCAAGGAGUUACAGGAUCGAGAAGAAUCUCUUGCCAAGCUCCGCCAUCAAUUGUCGGAAAGCGAGGUUUCAAAGGAAAAGCUAACCACUGAAUUAAGUGCACUCAAAUCAACUAACGAAUCUCUCUCUGCCCAACUGGUUGAGUUGUCUACUGGAGACGCCGUUCGUCGUGUGGAGGAACGUGAAGACAGACUCACUGCAGCAUUGGAACGACGCUUCACUCUGGUGAAUGAAGAGCUACUGACGGACCUACAGCAGGCUAAUCGACGCCUCAGUGAAAAGGAGAAGCAACUGGUCGACUUAGAACGACAGCUGGAAACUUUCAAGGCCGAAUCUCAUAAGGCACGUUGUGACUUUAAUGAAACCAUAGCCCGAACUAACAAACAAUUAGAAGAGACACAACAACAUUGCCAAAGACUUGCUUCAUCAGCCAUGUGCAGUGAAGUGACCAGUCUUCGCCAUCGACUGUGUGAGAUGGAAACUUCACGUAAAAUUACCGAAGAUGUAAACAAGAUAUUACAAGACGAACUUCAAGAUUUGAGGGAGCAGGUAUCGUUAUACGAGAACGUUCUCAAAUUGGACGGUUUUUGCGACGCAGGUAAAGUCGACGAUGAGGACUCGUUGCAGUAUAACCGGAAUACGCUCUAUCCGAACAGCUUUCCCGUGGGUCGCAAGAGACCCAAAUCUGUUGACCAUAUGGUUACAUUUGAGCCCGAAGUGACUAUGUCCGGUUCAUCCACCAAACCCCGCCCGGCUUCAGCAUUGGAACGCAGGGCGCUAGAUACCCCUGACCCACAUACUGUUAAAGAGUUUCGUUUACUGCCAAACGAUGCUGGCGAAUUCGCCCUGGAUGCUCCCCGUUCGUGUAUCAAAACACAAUCGUUUCCCAAGAGCGGUUCAAAAGCCAUUCCUUGUCGCGAUCCAGAUCCCUUCCACUGUCUUUCUCAACUCGAUGUGCUUACAAGCACCCCUGUGCCGUCCGCCAUGAUGUGUCGACUUCGUUCGGAGCUUAUGCGUUGCCUUACGAAAUACAAAGCAAAACGAGAGCAAGUGACCCGGUUACAUGAGGUCGUUUUUACAACCCGUUGUCAACUGCAUCAGGUAGUCGAAAGCUCAAAAAUGUCGGAAAAGAAUGCUGAUGCACUCCAGGAUCGCGUCGUUUCCUUGGAGCGUGAGUUGGCCAACGCACGUGAGAUCACUGAAGCACCUGGACCGCUGGAGAAUGUUCUGCAAUGCCAGUUAAAACGUUUAAAAGAAGAUUACGGCAAUCUAGAGCAGGAGCUCCAGAGCACUCGGACUCGUCUACAGACGGCCUUGGGGGCCGAAGCAAGGGCGUUGGAAGAUGCUAAGACAGCCAAUGAACGUUUGGCCGCCAGUGCUGCCGAGCGGGAUGCUGCAGUGGAACGCGCAAGAGCUGUUUGCGAAAUGCAUUACACAUCGAUGCGUCGUCGAUUAGAGUCUGAAUGGACCGCUGAACGAGAGGCGGCCACUUUACAGGCUGAACAAAUGAUCCAAAGACUAAGACAUGAAUGUAAUGAACGUGAGAAGGCGAUACAGAAACUCACUCACUUGUACGAAGACACUCAAAUGGCUACCCAGAGGGCGGUUGAGAAUGCAUUAAUUCAGGCUAUGGAAGAACGAGAAGCAGAACGAAUUCGCUUUUGGCGUGAGGAACUUCCUAACCAGUUGGCCAUUGCUCGCAUGAAUUCGGACCGAGAGUGGGCCGAAAAAUGUGACAUCGCCGUUCGGGAGGCCGUUGCUGCAUGCGAAAAGAAAUGUGCACUGGAACAUACCGCGACAUCCUUACCUGAUGCGGGUUACUCCUCACCGAAGUCGACUACCGCCCAUUUAUCAACGAAAUGCAGUCAAACAGAAAUGGACGAUCUCCUUUCUCUAUACGGUUUGCUCGAGCCAGCACCCAACGUGAAGGGGGAUUUUCCUCACAUGCGAUUGCUACAGAAGGUGUUCGGACCCCAAUGUGCACGGUGUCUACAUGCGCAACUGAUUCCAUCCACUGUGGUAACUACGCGUCUGUUAGACAAGCAGUUAUAUUUGUUCAUCCGAAAGCGAUUGCAGUCUCACAGGUGGCGUACUUGGGACAUAGUCGCGAAUGCGAUUGAUCAGUUAGUGAAGCCGCAACAACUGGAGCGACUUGUCUGUGGUUCAGCGAAAUCCUCCGGUUUACCGGUCACUUUGUCCACCCCCUCAGAACAGCCACUUGCAGAUACAAUUUGUUCGAGACUCCGUUCUUCUUCAUCUCCUGAUGUCAGUUCCGGUAACGAAGAUGACGGUGACAAUGAUAUUGAAUCGUCGAGUCGAACAAACGUGCUUUCCCGCUUGCAGCUACUUGUCUUCGCCUUAUCCGACCUACAGGCUAAAUUGGAAGAGGCGAAACGGAAGCCACCUACGUCUGAACCUUCCACCGGUCUUUCAACGAAUGCUAAUCUAGUUGCCUCAGAUUUAUACCGCACAACUUUACAAAAAAUAAAACAGGAUGUCCUGGCUUACGUUCAUUCUUGCCAAACCCGAGCUGCUCAGACCCUUCACUUCGAACUGGCCCGGGUUCAUCGUCGGGCAUGUCGACAGUUCAUGACCCACUUGAGACGCGCCCUAUACGAUGCCGGUGCUCUUGGUCCGGCUAGUGAUAUGAUUUCUCCUCUCAAGCGCAGUAGCAGUGUGCCGCGCACAGUAUUUGAGCCUGGACCCUCGAGCAGUCAGUCUGGCAAAUCCUACUCGGGCGACGGCGAAUAUCGGCCUGUCUCUGCAACAGUACCUUCUCGCGUGGGUAGUUCAGGUGCGAACUCGACAAUCCAGUCAACCGCCCUCAUACCCCAAUGCGAUUUGGAGUCACUCCUUCACAUAAUUGAUGGUGUGUGCGCUUUCACCGAAUCCAAUUUUCAAACGUACCUGUCUGCGGGAUCCGCUUUGUUCAGUCGCUCCAGAGGGAAAGCACCCUCUACUUCCUCGUCGUCAGUGUUCUCGCCCUUCCCUUCCUCCAGUGCCAUCCCAAACCCACUCAGCCUGCCGGUCUCUUGUACUCCUCCUCUUUCCUCCACUUCUGUUCUGCACAAAUCCUCCAGGAACUCUGUGCUUCAUGCUCACCCAAGCUCUCUGUGCUCUUCUUGUCAGGUAAGAGCUUGGGUUGUGCGUUUAUUUGUGCCGGGCGUAACUUUCGUCAUCAAAUUUUGA